CAGUCAUAGAAAACAAAAUAUAUGUGCAUGAUCCUCAACCACUGGUAUAUCAUAAUUAGUGACAAUAAAAUGACCAACACAGUUGGCACACUCAAGAAAUCAUGCAACAACUUAAUCAAGUAAUCUACCAAUUGAUUCCCUGCUGGGUGCUAUAUAGAUGAUCAAACCAGGGUUCAAGGUGUCAGUUCCCUAUUAUGUUCUUCUUGCUGACUAUGCAGUAAGUAGUAGCAUAUCACUACCUGAAAUUAUGGUACACUGCUACAAGGGAUGUUGACUAACAUAUUAUGUUUCUAUUUUUGCACAAGUGAUGAUAAAGCUUCUCUUGAAAAGCUAGCAUACAAGGCAAUCGAAUAUUAGGCUUCAGACUCACAUGCAGCUAGGAAUAUCAAAGUAGGAUUGACUUGACAUUGUUGCUUUGGCUGAGAUAGGAACUAGGAAGCAUGCAGCUUGGAUCGGAGCAGAAAAACGUAGGAAAGUGUGGUUGCAUCUGAAUAUUAUGUUUCCAACGUGUGGUUAUAAAUUUGGAUUAUUAUCUUAAAGUUUGGUUGGUUGUCAGAGUGUAUGUUCAUCGUAAGAGGGGUAGAAGUUGAAUAUAAUCUCUACAGAUUUGGAUUAUGACUUUAGUUAUCUUUCAAAACAGGUUUGUAUUCUAAGGGAACUCAUGGACAUUCAACUAGUCUUCUCAAUCUUAGAAUUUUUGAGAUCUCUCAUCCAAUUGUGAAUAGAGUAUGAUCCUUCAUUUUAUAUUAAAUCCUGGCUCCGUCACUGCAUUGCUGGGGUCACGGGUGAGGAGUUAGCUAGCUAAGUCGAUCAUGGAGGUGUGGCCGCCGCUGCUGGUUGUCAUCCUCACGCUCGGUGUUGUCUCUCUCUGCGGCGGCCUUGAGGCCGUGGCCGAGAACAUGACUGUGGCACAACUACUGCCGAUGUCGUCGUACCACAGGGGUUUGGCCACCUACAAUGCCAAGAACUUCGGUGCUGAAGGCAACGGCACCAACGACGAUAGCAAGGCGUUGAUGGCAGCAUGGAAGGCAGCGUGUGGGGCAUCCGGCACGGUGACACUGUUGAUCCCGCCGGGGACGUACUACAUCGGGCCAACGCAGUUCCACGGCCCCUGCAAAGCCUCUGCCAUCACCUUCUUGCUCCAGGGGACGCUCAAGGCGGCGACGGAUCUGAAGCGUUUUGGCAACGACUGGAUCGAGUUCGGGUGGGUGAAAGACCUCACCGUGGCCGGUCAAAACGAUGCCAUCAUCAAUGGCCAGGGCGCCGCCUCCUGGCCCUUCAACAAGUGUCCCAUCCAAAAGGACUGCAAAGUCCUCCCCACUAGUGUGCUGUUCGUGCACAACCAGAACACGGUGGUGCGCGACAUCACGUCAGUGAACAGCAAGUUCUUCCACAUCGCAGUGCUGCAGAAUAAGAAUAUGAAGAUGAUCAACAUCCAGAUCAACGCGCCCGAGAACAGCCCAAACACGGAUGGCAUCCACAUCGAGCGAAGCACGGGCGUGGUGAUCUCCGACACCCGCAUCAGCACCGGUGACGACUGCAUCUCCAUCGGCCAGGGGAGCGACAACAUCGACAUCGCCCGCGUCCACUGCGGCCCGGGGCACGGCAUGAGCGUCGGCAGCCUUGGACGGUACGUGGGCGAGGGCGACGUCACCCGCGUCCACGUCAGGGACAUGACCUUCGAGGGCACCAUGAACGGCGUCCGGAUCAAGACGUGGGAGAACUCCCCUACCAAGAGCCUCGCCGCGCACAUGGUGUUUGAGAACAUGAUCAUGAAGGACGUGCAGAAUCCCAUCAUCAUCGACCAGAGGUACUGCCCUUACUACGACUGCGAGCACAAGCACGUCUCCGGGGUCACCCUCAAGGACAUCACGUUCAAGAACAUCAAGGGGACGUCGUCGAUGCCCGUGGCCGUGCUGCUCCGGUGCGGCGUGCCAUGCCAGGGCGUCGUGCUGCAGGACGUCGACCUGAAGUACAUGGGAGAGGGAGGCUCCUCGUCGAAGUGCGAGAACGCCAUGGCCACAUACGUUGGCUACCAGCACCCAGAACCAUGCGCCUAGGCGGCUAAUUUGAUUCUGGUGGAUGCUGGUGCGACCUUAGUUGAGUUCUCUUUUUCUUUUUCUAAUCUACUCCAGUUAAUCAAUGUUUCCUAGACCGAUUUGUUGUUUCCUGUUGCUUAGAAUAUUUUGUGUGUGUGCGGCAUAAGGGAGCUGCCAAUUGCUGGCAUCUACUGAGCUUGCCUAGUUGCUCAAUCAGCGAACUCGAUCGUCUGACAAGUGGGCUCUAAUUUAUGCUGAAUAUAAAAGGUGCUAGACAUUUAGAGCA